GGAGUUACCUAGUUAGAUUGCAGGGCCUGCAAUGUGAGUUAUUUGGUUGAAGCGGAAAGUGAAAUCGUAAGUUGGAAGAUGGAGGAGGAGGAGGGAACGGAAUCAAAAACGGUUGCGGAUCAGGACGAGGACGAUUCUUCAUCGACGCUUCUGGAUCUCACGAGUUACCAGCUCCAUGACCUAGACUCGGUCGAGUUGCCACCGACUCUCACCGAGUUGGACCUCACCGCGAAUCGCUUGUCCACGCUGGACCCGCGCAUAGGGAACCUCUCCCAUCUGAAGAAGCUUUCGCUUCGUCAGAACCUAAUCACCGACGCCGCCGUUCAGCCUCUCUCGUCCUGGAACGCCAUCUCCGCUCUCGAGGAGCUCGUGCUGCGGGAUAAUCAAUUAAAGAACAUCCCUGACGUCAGCAUAUUCGAGAAGCUUCUGGUUUUCGAUGUUUCGUUCAACGAGAUUAGUUCGCUGCAUGGCUUGUGCAGGGUCUCUGAAAUCCUCAAGGAGCUCUACGUGUCCAAAAAUGAAGUCACCAAGAUUGAGGAGAUCGAGCACUUCCAUCAGCUGCAGAUUCUUGAACUCGGCUCCAAUAAAUUGCGGGUGAUGGAGAAUUUGCAGACUCUCACGAAUUUGCAGGAGCUGUGGCUCGGGCGUAAUCGAAUUAAAGUUGUGAAUCUGUGUGGUCUCAAGUGCAUCAAAAAAAUUAGUUUGCAGAGCAAUCGUCUCACUUCAAUGACAGGAUUUGAGGGUUGCAUAGCUCUAGAAGAACUAUACAUAAGCCAUAAUGGUAUUACAAAAAUGGAAGGGUUGUCUUCAUUAAUCAAUCUCCGGAUUUUGGAUGUAUCGUCAAAUAAGUUAACUUCGGUGGAUGACAUUGUGAACCUUACACAAUUGGAAGAUUUGUGGCUUAAUGACAACCAAAUAGCAUCACUCGAAGGAACUGCGGAGGCUGUUGGUUCGAGAGAAAAGCUUACCACCAUCUACCUAGAAAAUAACCCAUGUGCCAAGACACCCAACUAUACUGCAACCCUGAGGGAAAUCUUCCCCAACAUCCAACAGAUUGAUUCUCAUGUAUUUUCUUAGAAGUUUUUUGGCUUCAGCCUUCUUAAAAACAGUUGCCUUGAAGCUUUGUCUUUACAAAUUCAUUGCCUAUCAUACUUGCAGAUUCUGGUUUGAAAGAUUGAUGAUUUGGCUCCAUUCAGCUAAUGAAGAGUAUGUUUAUCAACCAUUGCACGAUAUUGGGGUCUGAUCAUUAGUAACCUGACCAAUGAAUAUGCUUGCUAUAUUUUCCUUGCUUUGCAUAUCUUAUGUCGUUUUUUUUUUGGCAACUAAUUUUUGAGAGGUACUGUAACGCUUUACCGGGUUAAUUAUAUUUUCAUUUGUGGUAUACGGAGGGUGUAGUUUACUGCCUAUAACUUCCAUAUAAGAUAGCUCUACAAUUCUUGCAAGA